AUGGAGGACAUCUGUGAGGAACUUGAUCGGCUCACCGUUGAAUUUUUUGACACUUUCGAAUGCCUUCAGGAGAAGAGGGAAUACCUGAAUGCUUCAAUAAGAGAUGGACAUCUUAACCUAUCAAAGGCUCGCUAUUCGAUGGGAAACAAAUCUGUUGGUGCUUUGCAAUACAGUCAUAAAAUGGACUGUGCGCUGUAUCACAUAAGCUCAUUUGGAGGCAUUUCCAAAGAGCAGUCCGAAAACGCUGUUGUAACAUUCGAACUGGAGAAAACAUUGCCUAGAAGAGGAAAGGGUGCUUCGGAAGCUAAUUUAAAAGAAAAAGAAGAGGAAAAAAACGUUGUUAGAAGAAGGAAACCUCAAAAAUCAGGUUCAUUGAGCGAUGAAGCAACGUCGCGUAUCGAAGAAUUAUAUCUCCCUAAAGAGGAAAACUUGCCUGUAGAAGAUGCAAGUAUUAAUGGUUGUGUUCAAGAUCCCCUUAAAUGGUUUGGAAUCCUGGUUCCUGGUUGUUUAAAAACGGGUCAGAAGAACUUUCAGAGCGCCAUUGAACUUAGUUGUGUUAUUGUAAACCUUGAAAUGAAGGUGAAAGAGAUUAUAGAGCAGUUGAACGCUUUGAAAAUUCGAAAGAGAGAAUUGUCAGAGGAGAAGAAGAAAUUGCAAGAAAUAGAAGACUGAGUUUUAUCGCGUAAAAAAUAAGGGCACAAUAUCUUGGCCGAUAAAUUAGCCUUUCUCUUGGUAUCAAAUGUAGGAGAUUUUCUGUAUUGAAAUAUUCAUGAGUAAGAGAUCAGGUACCAACACAGCGAGGGGUCGUGAAAUAUUUUGCGAAAAAGUAUCACAGUUACCUCAGUCUAAGACGAGAAUGAACUUAUUUGAUCAUAAGGUCGGUUAAGUGGGUACCACACAGAGAGUAGAUUGGAUCUUAAAUAAUCUGGAACAACAAAUUAACCCUUUUAUAUGAAUAAUAGAGGUUAGUUUCUAAAGAAACUGUGGUGUUGCAGCAGUGGGAGGUCUUACAAGAUAAUUAUUUGGUUUUUAUCAACUGAGUUAAUAAUGCAAACUGGCCACUUAAGAGAGAGUUUCUAAAGCUGAUAUUUCUUGUGUAUGCCCUUUGCCAGAGCAUAUAUAAUGUUCCAAUUAACCUCAUCAACUGAAUCAGGACAAUUUUCUUCCACAUUGAAAAUCUACUAUAUUUAGCAGUUCACCCAAAGAUCAUAAAAGCACAGGUAAUGGCGAUACUGUGGUUUUUCACAAAUAUGUGUUUGUUGGCAGACUUCAAAAAGGGGUAGUGAACUUAAGUAAAAGUGGACUUCCUCACCUUGAUAAAAUUGUGGUUAUCUUUUUAACCCCCUAAGAGUGACUAACAGUUAAUUUCUCCGCAAACUAUCACCUGGAAAUUGUAUGUGAAGUUCUUGAAAAUAGAGGACAUGAUCAUCAACUUAAGGUUUUGAUUGUUGAUAAAGUUCUCCUUGUCUGUACCAUAGCAGAUAAUGGAAAACAGUAUAUGUUCACUAACUUUUAUCUAUACCUAGAAAGGUCAAUCUUGGAAACUGUUGGUUUAUGUUUGUGUUUCUGAGCCUCACAGUUAGGUCGUUGUGGAGUUCACUUUGGAAAUGUUUACAGAAAACAGAGAUACUAAUCCAACAGAACAUCUUUUUGUUACAACCUUCAGAUAC